AUGGUUUCUUUAACAUUAACGAGAACCACAAUCGCGUGUUUGUUGCUGGUGAUAUUCCUGGCGAUCCUCGUCCAGGAAUCAACCGCCCGGCCUCCGUGGCAGUCAUCUGGCAGUGGAGUUUUUACAGAAUCUGCUGAGUGCCAUACAGAUGAUGAACUCCUCGACCUCUGCCAGAGAUGUGCGAAGUUAACUAAAUCCAAGCUAGCAUACCCUGCCUGCUGUUCUACUGACCUUCAAGCAAGGAAAUGGUGUUCAGAUUACGUUUACUUUGGAAGGGGACAGUAUGACUUCUAUUGA